AGGACUCAGUGUUUAAGUCUUGCUCUGUGAGCCAGGAAGAGAAGGAAGCUCCAGACUCAACUGUAGUGAGCAUGGCCUGUGUCUUUAAGAGGCAUGCUUGGUCUGGAAUAGAAACUCCCCUCUCUGGUUGGGAAUGGUUUCAUCCAAAGUUCAUUGGCACUUUCAUUUUAUCGAUGUAGGAAGUUCAUGCUAUGCUGGGUCGUUGUACUCCAAAUAUACCUGCUGAAGUUUCCAACACUUCUUACUUCCUGGUAUUCCUGCAGACUCUUUGCAAGGUUUCCUCUCACAAGUCAUCAAUGGCUACUUUCAAAUACAAGGGGAUCAUUUUUACUCAACAGUUUAACUCAGUGGAAAAACUCAGCUAUUUGGAAAAUGACUUUCAACUGUUAGAUGAUGAUAUAGUGAACGUGACUUACCCCAAGUCAGGUACUCAUUGGAUGUCGGAGAUCUUGAGCUUAAUCCGGAGCCAAGGGGACCCCACAUGGGUUCAGAAUGUACCACUGACGGAAAGGGCACCCUGCAUUGAGUAUGCCGAUCAUUUGCAGAUUGCCUUGAAAAACCCUUCCCCCAGGAUCCUGACUACUCACCUGCCAUUCCACCUUUUCCCCAAGUCCUUCCUCCACUCCAGGACCAAGGUAGUUUAUACUCUGCGUGACCCCAGAGAUGCCAUGGUUUCAGUCUACCACUUCAUCAAAGGCUUUAAAGAAUUGAAGGACCUUGGAACUAUGGAAGAAUUUAUGGAGAGUUUCCUGAGUGGGGAAGUGGCUUAUGGUUCCUGGUUUGACCAUGUGAAAGGCUGGGUGGAGAUGAAGGACAGAGCCAACAUCUUCUUCAACACCUAUGAAGAACUAAAGCAGGACCUUCGAGGCAGCGUGCAGAAGAUCUGUCAUUUUCUUGGCAAGGAGCUGAACAGCCAACAAAUUGACUCUGUGGUGGAAAACGCCUCUUUCCACAAGAUGAAGGACAACAAGAUGUCCAACUUUUCCACAACACCAGAGAACAUUUUUGACCAGACAAAAGCAAAACUCUUGAGGAAAGGGAUCUGCGGGGACUGGAAGAACCACCUGACAGUGGCACAGAGUGAACGCUUUGACCGUGUUUACUGGGAGAACAUGCGUGGUGUGAAUAUGACUUUCCCUUGGGAAUGAAGAAUCCCAGAUUGUUGCUCCUGAUGUUCUCCACAUUCUUAUGUAUCAUAUGGUUUGGCUAGUUUCUGCUACCACUGUGCUAAUAAACAUACCUUAUCAGGAAUGGAA